AUGCCAAAGCGUACCUUCAUCACAGAAGAGGAGACCUUAUUGCCUGGCCACAAUCCGAUGAAGGACAGUCUCAUCCUCCUGUUCUGCGCCAUUGCCAGUGGGGACCUUAAGAUCAAGCUCCUGCUUGUCUACCAUUCAGAGAACCCACGGGCCUUCAAGAAACACAAGGUGAACAAGGGGCAGUUGAGCGUUUUGUGGCAGUCUAACCCAAAGGCUUGGGUCACACGCCUCUUGUUUGUGAAGUGGGUCAAUGCGGUUUUUGGUCCUGCUGUGAAGAAGUACCUUGUGGACAAUAACCUGCCACUCAAGGCCAUGCUGCUCGUGGACAAUGCUCCAGCCCAUCCUCCAGGCCUUGAGGAAGACUUGCUGGAGGACUUUAAUUUCAUCAAGGUCAUGUUCCUUCCAUCUAACACCACCCCACUACUCCAGCCAAUGGACCAGCAGGUCAUCUCCAAUUUUAAAAAAACUCUACACAAGUGA